CAUAGACUUUUCUUUUACCCGGUUAAUGUUAUGAUUUGCUUGCUCUCUGGAUUUUGCAAAAGAUUAUCUUAUUAUCUAAUUUAUUCACAUUCAUAUUGUGGCUUAUAUUUCUAUUUCACAUCCGGAUCUCUUUAAUAAGGUGUCCCAUGUCUUGACCACGUCCUCCCCUGUCCUGUCCACCUGCAAAGUCCAGUAUGGAUGAGGAGUCCCUGGAGGCUGCUAUUGCCACCUACACUGGACAGCUGCAGCAGGUAGAAGCAGCGCUCCAGGCUGGUUUGGACCCCUCACAGCAAUCUGAUCUACUCAAACUAAAAGAGGACUUGAGUCAACUUAUAGAGCUCACAGAAUCCAGCCUUGUGUCGGUCAAAAAGAGCAAUCUGUUGGCCAGUUUAGAGGACAGUGAUACACCACAACCAAAGACACAAGCUGAUGGGAGCACAUCCAAUGGGGAUUUUGAUUCUGAGUUUGCUGCUUUUUAUUCAGAAGUAGGAGAGACUUCAAGUAGUAAUAAUAUUGGUGAUAAUAGCGAAGGAGGAGGUGAAGAGGAAGAUGAUGAGGAAGAUGAAGAGGAAGAAGAUCUGAGUGGUACAAAAGUAAGAGCUCCAUACAGGACGAGCUGGGGCACUCUGGAGUAUCACAAUGCAAUGGUUGUGGGAGCAGAGCCGCCUGAAGGAGAGGAGCCCUGUGUCAGAGUAUUCUAUGUUUACCCCACACAGAAGUCCAUGAAGCCCUGCCCAUUUUAUCUAGAUGAUAAGUGCCGAUUCCCAGACAAUUGCAGGUUUUCCCAUGGACAGGUAGUUCUGGUGUCAGAGCUCAGGGACUUUGUGGAGAGUAACCUGAGUAAACUUGAAGAAGGCUCAUCUUGUUUGGCUCGGCAUGAAGAUGGCAUUUGGUACCCGGCCAAAAUCACAGACAUCGAUAAUGGCUUCUACACUGUGAAGUUUGAUUCUCUGCUGCUGAAAGAUGCUGUGGUUGAGGCAGAUGGUCUUAUUCCCCCGAUGAGAGAGGAUGACCUCAUGACCUCUGAAUCUGAGGAUGAAGAUGAGGAUGAUGCAGCUUAUGCAAAAGGUUUGCCUCUUUUUGCCUCUUCUCUGAAUUUUAAACUCAUGUCAAGUACACAGAAUUUUAAUCCACUGUUUUCUCUGGCAGUUCUGGAUUCUGCUGCAGACUCCACAGUGUUACUAAACAGUGCUGAGUUUGGUGGCUGGGAGGCUCACACUAAAGGCAUCGGCUCCAAACUCAUGCUCAAAAUGGGAUAUGAAUAUGGAAAAGGUUUGGGUAAGACACUAGAGGGGAGAGUGGAACCUGUGAUGGCCAUGGUCCUGCCCAAAGGCAAGUCUCUGGACAUGUGUGUGGAACUGACGCAGAGACGAGGACAGAGCAGAGCAGCUAAAGAUGGCACGCUGAAGGGGAUGCCCAAGAAACGCAGGAAACCCCGGGCCAACACUGGGGGGCGCCAGACUGUCUUUGACUUCCUCAAUCACAAACUGGGAGGGAAGAAAGCCCACAGCCCUGCAGGAGUAGAGGAGCCGGUACUGAGCGGAGUGGAGGCCUACCGGGGCAACAGCAGCACCAAGAGGAGCCUGAAUGUGAGACUGUUCCAGGCCUCACAGAGAGUGGCUCAGACUGAGCGAGAGAUCAUGAAGAUCAGUGAAACCCUCAGCAAGCAAACAGGAAGGGAUACCUCCAGAGUGAAGCAGCUGGAGGAGAAGCUGACAGCAGCCCGCAGAGUCCUGGCCCAGCAGAAAGCGCAGGAGCAGUCCAUCCAGAAGGAGCACAAGAAGGCAGACACACACAAGAAAAUGACUGAGUUUUAAAGGGACACGAUGUAACUUUUUGGCUGGGGGUCCAUCACCUGCUUGUUUCUAUGGAUAUCUCAAUGCUCUGCCCGGAAUAUUCCACAGUAUGACAUUAAACAGCUCUACAUUACAAAAUAAUAAGUUAUAGCUGGUUUUAUAGCUCAAAAAUACCUAAAAAAAAAAAGAAAUUGCAAAUUAAUUGGGAUUCUAACUGUGAGUGGGUUUGCCUCUCCACAGAUCUGUCCUCAUGGUUCCCAUGGUCAUGGAAAUCCUGGAAAAGUCAUAGAAAUGAAAAAUGUUGAUAAGUCAUGGCAUUUUGUAAAUUCAAUGAAAGUUUUGGAAAAGUCAUGGGAUUUUAGUAUCUCUUUAACGCAACCACAGCGUACUGUUAAGUUAUCAUUAGGCAAUUAUGAUUAUUUCCGAACGUAUGAGCCUUUUGUUUAAAAUAGACGACAAUAAAUGCACUGACAGUAUUUUGAAUGUUGAAAAACUUAUGGUUUUGGUAUUGAAAACCUUAUGGUUUGGUAUUAACCAAACCAUAAGGUGAGUGGAAAGAGUUAACAUUUCACAUUUAGCCCUAAAAGUCUGAUCAGUUCUAUACAUGUAGGUGCCGUAAAGUAAUGGAAAAUUCAGUUUAGGUCAUGAAAAAGUCAUAAAAAAGUUUUUAAAUUUUGUCAGCGAAAAAAAAAGUGGGUACCCUGUGUCCUGUAACUUGAUGUGGUUUGGUCUCCAUGACAAUAGAAAUGUUUAAUACCAUACUGUGAAACAUUCCAGACAAAUAAAUUACAUCUUCAUGCAGAAAAGCUUUUGACAAACCCUCCACCAGAAAAGUUACACAAAUGCACCUUUAAGGAAUUGUUUCUGGCAUCUAAAGACUCAAACAUGAACUGAUAAAGAGUCCUCUGCCAACAUCAGUUUUUGUUAUGAAUGAUGUAUUAUGGAUUCGACAGUGGAGGUCAAAGAGAGCCUUCAUUCUUAUAUUUUCAAACACUCACCUUUAACUUGUUUUUUAAGUCUACUGUUAACAAAAUGAUAUCGCUGUGUGUUUUGUUUGUCACUUAAAUAUUUCAAAUGAG